AUGAUACAUAUUGACAAUUACAGAGGUAUUGACUAUGUUGUUGCUAAUAAUGAAAUCUCUGGAAGAGCUCCAGAUCUUCCCUAUUUGAUAAAAACAGAGGAUAAAGAUUUAGCAGGAUGGAGUGUUCUUGAUGUUGGAACAGGCAAUGGGCUACUUCUUCAAGAGCUUGCUAAACAGGGGUUCUCUGAUCUCAUUGGAAUAGAUUAUAGUGAAGGAGCAAUUAACCUUGCUAGAAGCCUUGCUAAUCGUGAUGAAUUAAUUGAUGCUAUUGGUCUUCAUCAAGAUGGACCCAUCAAAAGGAUUAUGUAUUGGGAAUCUAUGUCAAGACUUGUAGCUCCUGGUGGACUAUUGGAAGAGCCAGUGGAUAAGACAAAACAUUGGGGUGAUUUAGAGGAAGAAGAGGAGGAAGAGGAAGAAGAGGAAGUGGAAGAGCAAUAUGAGGAAGGGGAUUUGGAAGAUGGCAUUCAAUCAGUUGAUACCCUUUCAAGUAUCCCAACUGGUGUUGAAACUCCAGAUGUUAUUGACCUCCGCAAACAGCAAAGGAAGGAACCCGAGAAACCUCUGUAUCAGGUAAUUUUUGGAAGAGUUUCAAAGGGGCUGCACAAAUUCUUGAGAAGGGUGGAUAUUCCCUUUUUACCCCUCAUUAUAUCACAUGGUAAUUUUUGGAAGAGUUUCAAAGGGGCUGCACAAAUUCUUGAGAAGGGUGGAUAUUCCCUUUUUACCCCUCAUUAUAUCACAUGGUAUUGUCCUCAGGCAUUCACGAUUAGUAAACAGUGUAAAUCACAGUGUAUAAAUCAUGGAAGGUAUUGUGCACCUGAUCCUGAACAGGAUUUUAGCACAGGGUAUGAAGGAAAAGAUUUGGUUAUUGAAAAUUUGAGACAAUUGUGUGUGUUUAAAGUGGAAAAUGAGAGUGGAAAAGCGUGGAUUUGGUGGGAUUAUGUUACAUAUUUUCAAAUAAGGUGUCCCAUGAAAGAGAAGUAUAAUAAGGAGUGUGUUGAUGAGGUCAUCAAAUCCCUAGAACUUGAUUUGGGAAAGAUUGAGAAGUGUAUGGGAGACCCUAAUGCGGAUUCUGACAAUAUUGUCCUUAAAGAAGAACAAGAUGCUCAAAUUGGGAAGGGGUCAAGAGGUGAUGUAACCAUAUUGCCCACACUUGUGGUUAAUAAUAGACAUUACCGAGGAAAGUUAGAAAAAGGUGUUGUUUUGAAGGCCAUUUGCUCUGGUUUUGAAGAAACAACUGAGCCUGCUGUUUGUCUUAGUGAUGGUGUGGAAACAAACGAGUGCUUGGAGAAUAAUGGUGGUUGCUGGCAUGAUAAAUCCACCAAUGUCACUGCAUGCAAGGAUACAUUUCGUGGGAGAGUUUGUGAGUGUCCUUUGGUUGAUGGAGUACAAUUCAACGGAGAUGGGUAUACCUCAUGUAAGUUGGUUGAAGGAUACUUGCUUAGAGCUGCUCAAAGAAACUCAGAGUGUAAAAAGCUUGCAGAUGUUCACUUUUCCCUCAUUUGA